UGCGCGUACCCCUAUAUCGCGUGGUGGAGAUCAUCCAUAUUGCUGCUAGUGGUGGAGUUAAGGUUGUAAUCCUGAGAGGCCCUCGGACACGUUUCUUUAUUUUUAUACAUGUUUUAAUCCAGCGCGGACUACUCUGUGUCUAGACUGAAGCUCUUUUGGUCGAGGAGCGACAGAGGAGCGGCAGACUCCGCGGAACAACUUCACAUUUCCUUGAAAUUGAAGGCGAAUUCGGGCCGGGGGGAGGACUGGUAAUCCUGAGGGGGGAAGAAAGACGGCGGUGGGAAAUGGCCACUCAGGUGGAGACUCUCCUGCCCGGCAACCCGCUUGCCAAAGCGGAGGAGCACGGUAAAGUGAUCCGCGGUGAGCCGGAGGAAGAGGAGGGCGGCCAGGGCGACGGGGCCAAGCGGCAGACGGGUGUCGCCGAUCAGGGGAGCAGCAGCGGCAGCAGCAGCCCCGGGCAGGGAGGGACCCCCGGUACGGAGGAGCAAACCUCCAAACAGGCGACAGAGGAGAGCAAAGGGGGUUGUGACAGCGACGACAAGCAAAACGAGGAAGGUGUUAAAAGCAGCAACAGAAAGGAGUUUACUGAAGCUCCCCCGCCCAAGGUGAACCCGUGGACUAGGAAAAUGAAUGCGGUGACCGUGGUCAGCGUGAAUGGACAAGCACACCACGAGUCUACCGGCCCUGCCAAGGUGGUGAGAGCAGGAAACCCACCCAAAGCCAGACGUGGAGGAAAGGUUGGAGAUUUUGCCGACGCCAACAGCUGGCCGACUCCAGGGGAGAUCGCAACUAAAGACAUGCAGAUUGAGGCAGUGACACGGACCGUGUCCUGCCCGCCGACUGUCAGGCAGGUCAGAGACUCAUGGAGAUUCACUGCUCCUAAAAGGACGGUGACGAUGAAGAAGGAGUCAAAGGAGAAGAGAGAGAUCAUCGAGGAGAGCAAGGAGAACCUGAAGGCCAAGUCAGACGACUCCGGAGAAGAGAAGAAUGGCGACGACGACUCCCAGAAGAACGGGCCGAAGAAGAAAGGAAACAAGCAGAAGUGGGUUCCCCUGAUGAUCGAAGUGAAGUCCGAGGGUCCCAGGGAGCGCUCGGCCUCUAGGAACAACAGCAGACAGAAUGAAAACCCCCGUCUGCCUCCAAACGCCAGGAACGACCUCAGAGACUGGCACAGUCAAAAGUACGAGCGGGAAUGGCGUGACGACCACGACGAGGUGUCCAGUGUGAAGAGUGAGGGAGCGCCGUUCCGCGGAGGGUUCAGAGGUCGCGGACGUGGCAGAGGAAGAGGCCGGGGACGAGGCAGAGGUGGGAGAGGCCACUAUGACUACCACUACAGCUACAAGCCCUACGAUAUGAAAGACGGAUCCUACGGCCAGAAGUUUGGCAACACGGUGACCUACUACUACGACAAUAUGAGCAGCAACGACCUUUACUCGGUUGAUCAGGACCUGCUGAAGGACUAUAUCAAGAGGCAGAUUGAGUACUAUUUCAGCCUGGACAACCUGGAGCGGGACUUCUUCCUUCGGAGGAAGAUGGAUCAGGAGGGUUUUCUGCCCAUUGGGCUAGUCGCCAGUUUCCACAGAGUGCAGGCCCUCACCACCGACGUCAACCUCAUUAUGGAAGCUUUGAAGGACAGUAAGGAAGUGGAAGUGAUCGACAUGAAGAUCCGCCGGAAGGUGGACCCAGAGAAGUGGCCUCUGCCGGGACUGAGCAUGCCUAACCAAACCCACACCGAUUUCUCUCAGCUGAUCAACUGCCCUGAGUUUAUCCCAAGGCAGAUGACCGAGGAGCCCAGAGGAUCUCCCAGGGCCUCCACACCAGUAAAGCAAAAGACCAGGACUGAAUCAGAUACCUCCAACCUCAAGACGAUGCCCAAGGGCCUCUCCGCCAGCCUCCCCGACCUGGACUCUGAGUCCUGGAUUGAGGUCAAGAAGAGGCCCAGACCCUCACCGGCCAGACCCAAGGCCCCCUCGUUGCAGCAGCAGAAGGAAAAGGACGACUCGAUUCGCUCCCCGGUGCCCCAGCCUGGCCCCUCGCCUGCCCCUGCUACCUCAGGAAAUAAGGAUGGAGCGGAGCAGGACGAACCGGAGGAGCUGGACUUCAUGUUUGACGAGGAGAUGGAGCAGAUGGAUGGUCGGCGCAACACCUUCACGGACUGGUCGGACGGGGAAACGGACGGCGAAAUCGAUGACCAGGAUGUCAACAAGAUCUUGAUUGUGACACAGACGCCGCCCUACCUGAGGAAGCACCCGGGGGGCGACCGCACGGGACACCACACAUCGCGCGCCAAGCUGAGCAGCGAGCUGGUCAAGGUGAUCAAUGAUGGUCUCUUCUACUACGAGCAGGACCUGUGGGACGACACGUACGAGCCCGAGUACGCCAUCAUCAAGCAAGAGGUGGAGAACUUCAAGAAGGUCCACCUGAUCACCCGUGAAGAGUUUGACUGCCUGACCCCUGAACCCCCUGUCGACCCAAACCAGGAAGUCCCCCCAGGCCCCCCUCGACCCCAGCAGAUCCCCACAGACGCUUUGGCAAACAAACUCUUCGGUGCCCCUGAGCCCUCCUCAAUGGCUCGCUCGCUCCCAACUACUGUGCCUGACUCGCCCAACUACCGCAGUGCCCGGACGCCCCGCACGCCUCGCACACCUCACCGUAAGGACUCGACCAUGACGCCGCGCUUCUACCCAGUGGUGAAGGAAAGUCGGCCUGUAGAUGCCAAGACACCCAGGAAGAGGAAGACCCGACACAGCUCCAACCCACCCAUGGAGUGUCACGUCGGCUGGGUGAUGGACUCCAGAGAGCAUCGCUCCCGUACUGCCUCUGUCAGCUCGAAUGCCAGCCCAUCAGAGGGCACCCCUGUCCUGGGUAACAUUGGCUGCACACCUCAGUCCCUCCCCAAGUUCCAGCACCCAUCACACGAGCUGCUCAAGGAAAACGGCUUCACGCAACACGUUUACCACAAGUACCGCCGGCGCUGCCUAAAUGAGCGAAAGCGGUUGGGAAUAGGCCAAUCACAGGAGAUGAACACACUCUUCCGUUUCUGGUCGUUUUUCCUGCGAGAUCACUUCAACAGGAAGAUGUACGAGGAGUUCAGACAGCUGGUGGUCGAGGAUGGGAAAGAAGGAUACAGGUACGGUUUGGAGUGCCUGUUCAGGUACUACAGCUAUGGUCUAGAGAGGAAGUUCAGGCCAGACAUCUUUAAGGACUUCCAGGAGGAGACCAUCAAAGACUACGAGGCUGGCCAGCUUUAUGGACUGGAGAAGUUCUGGGCCUUCCUUAAAUACUCCAAAGCCAAGACCUUGGAGAUCGACCCCAAGCUGCAGGAGCACCUGAGCAAGUUUAAACGUCUGGAAGAUUUCAGAAUUGAUCCACCGAUGGAGGAAGGAGGCCGCAGAAGACACUCGUCCAGCGGGGACGGUCGCCGCCGGCACCCCUCUCAGCCUUCCAGCCGGCCCCACAACCAGGCCAACUCGGGCCCCAGCCCGGCCCUCACCUCCCAUGGCCUCGCAGCCAAGGAUGAUGCCAAACUCACCAGCCAGAAAGCCCCCACCGCUGACCCUGCACCGGAUGCCAAGACACUGAAGUAACUCCACAAACACGCCGGCCAACAUGGAUCAACUCAACCAAGUCUGCAAAUCGCUGGUUCUCUCUACGCCACAGGAGGGGGGAGGGGGGCGUCCAGCUCUUCAUUCAAGCAUGAGAAUUAUUUUUUUUGUUUCCCUACGACAACUUUUGAUUGAGAAAUAAGGAAGACAAAUACUUAACAUGAUUUAUUAAUUAGUUUUAAGUUUUGUCUUAAUGAGGCAAGGAAUUAGUGAAUUUUUUUUUUUUUUUUUUUUUUUUUAUAAAUCUUUUACAAAUCAUUGCCAGUCCACACGGUAGAUGGUUUAGUGAUGAUUUACCAUCCUGGAAAUGUUAUUUUUAUUUUUUUUUUUAUUUUUUUUUAUAUUUUCAUGUUGACCCCCCCUCUCUUUCACUGGGACCCCUCUUUGACCGUCACUGUCCUGCUGGCUGAAAGAUAUUAGAUUUCUCGCCCAGAUCUCAGAUUUAUGAUUAUUAUUUCUUUGGCAUGUGGUGAGAUUGGAGACUUGGAAAUAGUUUGAACAACACUGAGCAUCUGAAAGCAAUGCUAGAAGCCUGCUAGAGGCCGUGCUGCUCCUGACAUCCAACCGGACCAAAGUGGUUUGAACCGAGCGACUGACAUUUCCAUCCGCAGAGCCCCCAGUGCUCACAGUUGAGGGGCUAAAAUAAAAAAAUAUUUGAUUUACUUUAUGGCUGGACAUUGAGGGGAAAAUAUUAAAGAACCAAAUGAUAAAAGUAGAGGAAAAAAAAGACUUGUACCAAUCCCUCAGUGUGGACAUGAUCAUUGAAAGUUGCCUUAUUUUAAUGGUUUUACUGCUUCUAACUUGUGCCCGCCACCUUAUUGUCGAUUGUACAGCAUUGAAAUUACCCAUAUAUCUGGUCACAGCUUCCAGCAGAGGCCACUAGGUGGUGCUCUGUCUGCUAACCCCCCCCCCGUCACUUUUUCUGAACUGUCUUCCAAGUGUCACUCGGUCUGUUACAAGUCUGUAAUUCUUCCCUGUGUUUGCAAGUUGUGGCUUUUUGUGCUGAAACACAUCAACCUGGUGGAAGUUUGCCCCCCACCCCAAAAAAACACUUUGGUGGGGUGGAGAGUUAGGAAGGGAGAGUCCCUGAUAAUCUCCCUUUGGGUGCUUCCUGACUUUCCCUCUCCCCCUGCGCCUCCCCAUCAGACGAGCUGCAUCCAUCCGUUCAUCCAUCCGUUCGACAUCCAUCCAUCAGUUGACGAUAGUGACGAUCAGGACUGGAAUCAUCAAUCUGGAUUACUUGAAGAAGCGAUGGUUAUGAGGAGGGCCGUCGUGCUCUGUCGCAGGUGCUCUGGGUGGAGACGCUGACGAGGCUCAGACAUUUGGCCUCUGAGUUCAGGAAGCUUAUGGGCCUCGAGCGCUCACCACCUCUUUUCUGUUUCACACAGCAGAUACACACAUCAGUUACAGGCAUGAACACUGACACAGGUACAGAUGUAGCAGCGUGAGCAAGCUGAACACAAAACACACACACACAGCUCGAUGUCUUGCCUCGCUGUGGAGAAAAAUUCAAGACUGGAUUGUCCAUUCACACUCUGUUCUGUUCAGUCGUCACGCUUCCUACAGUCAGCUGUGUGGAUAAUCUAAAUCUUUAUCCAACUCGAGUACUGAUGAUAUCAAGUAGAAGAGUGAUUUUCCUCCACUAAUGUAAAUGUGAAUUUGACAGAUGAAGAGAAAUGAUUACAGCUCCCUGCUACAUGUUUUUGUUUAUAGAACAGAUUAUAUAUUUGCCUUAUGUACUCUUUACAUUUUUUUAAAAUGGUCUCAUGAUUAAUCUAAUGCUUUUUAAUUUCAAUUUGCAGUGUUUCUAGUGUUGUUGUUGUUGUUGUUGUUGUUGUUGUUGUUAUGAUGGAGGUAGGGCUUGUGUUAGGCUGUUAAAACAUCUGUGGAAGCAGGAACAUAAUUCACAACACAAAAGGGAAAGUUGACAUCAGGGCGUCGACAGGUAUUCAGUGCAGAAACUAAACCGAUAAGCUUAUAGUAUUUCACGUUGAAAUCAGUGACUUUGCGCUUUUUUCUUUUAGUAAAGAUAUUUUUGCCAAGAUGACAGAGCAGUGUUUCCAACUACAAACUGUUAACAUGACUCAAACUAAUUAUUAAAUCUUCAGCCUCCAGGUUUUCUACAAAUCUGGCAAAGUCUAAAAACAGAAAUUAUUUGAUUUUGCGAUGCAAAUUGAACAGGAAGUUAUUAAAUUCUGGGGAAAAAAAUCUUAGUACACGUGUGGAUAUCCAGAUGCUUAGUGAAAUGGCCCAAUUCCCGUUAACUUACUACAGUGUUUGUUGCAAAGUUUUUGCUUCCAAGUGAUGAGCUAUUUAAUGUGAAACAGCACAGUCACAUGAAAAAGUUCAAAUGCAUUUGAGCUUAAGAGUUUGGAAGAAGCCUCACAAUCUUUAGAUGAAACUGUACUGGACGCUUGUGUCUGUUUUUUUUUUUUUUUUUUUUUUUCUUCUUCUUCUUGGUCCUUUCCGUAAUAAUCGUUCAGCCUGUUGAUUGAUGUUCCAGCAGAGUGGAGGUGGAUUUCACAUUGUCCUGUCAGUUUCUGUUCUUCAGUUUCUUCCUCUAAAUCCAGAACUGUUGGAAACAUGAAAAUGUAAAGCAAAGCUGUACUUGUUUUCUUUUUUUAUUUUCUUUGUUUUGUUGGUUUAUCUUCAGGGAGAUUUGGAUCACUUUCAGAGGCUUACAGUUGAUGCAUCAAAGUGUUUACUGGAGGUUUAAAGACGGAAUAAUAAGAGCUACAAAAUAUUCCGACAAGGAAAAACUCAUGCAUUUCCCAAAACCAGUGAAGCCUUUGAAUGGGUGAGCUGGUGUGUGUGUGUAUAUGUGUGUGUGUGUGUGUGUGGCUGCAGAUAUGGCAAACUGCUACUAGGAGGCCGCCUUCCUGGGACAGUCACAUGAUCCCUUCCUCUAAUGUGAUCAUCACCUGCCAUCACCUGUCAGCGGACAUUUGGGGGUUUCAGGUGUUUUGUUUCUCUAUCAGCAUAGAACUGCUGCUAGCUGUCCAGACAAACUAUAGGGGGCGCCGCACCCUCCGCUAAUCAGUUUUACUCGACUUGGCCAGCUGGCCGGACACUGGAGAGAUGAGUGAUGGACGUGGGAAUUGGAGCAGAAUACGAGAAGAGAAAGAGCCCAACUGGGGUUUGUGAUGUCGCUCAGAGUAAUAUGGCUGGUUAUGAUGUCUGGAGACUGAAAAAAAAAGGACAAAAUUCCAUAAAGCCAUAUGAAUAAGAUAUAACUGUAUAUGAACCAUUAAAAUAGUUCAUUACAUUACAAUAUCCUAGGCUUGUCAUGAGGAAAAAAAGAUGAAAACGAGGAAAAAAGGAACAAAAAAAUAUAAAAUGGAAAAAUGUAAAAUACUUGAAUGAGAUCUUGUAUUAUAACAUUUAAUAUUCAUAAUAUCUGCUUUGUAGGCUGAUGUGAUUCGCUAUUAGUGUUAUUUGUAAUUUGUAGUAAUUAUGCUUUUCCUUAUUAAAGAAAAAAACCACAAAACGGACAAAAAAACCUCAAA